GAAGGGAUCUCACGCAGAAGGUGUGAACUUCAUUGCUCUGGUCCUCUGUCUUCGUCUCCCUCUUUCCCCCUGCCCACACACACCUCACUUUAUCUCCACCCACUGACACACUCCCUCUCUCAUACACUCCCCUCUCGCCUGUCUGCUGCUUCAGUAUCAGUCUCGUCUCUCCGGUGAACAGACACACACUCACUCACUCACUCCAGGGAGGUUGGAUUACAACAGGGAUCACUAAACUAUAUUGAUCUUGCAGACAGAUACACCAGCACUCUCUCAUCGAGGAGAUACACACACUGUCCCAGGAUCAACAUGGGGAGUAGUAUGUCAUGCGUCCCCCAACACAACUUCAGGUUCUCCAGCAAGAGCUUCAUCCGCAGGAACAGCAGCCGUUUGUUCCGGAAAAAGUACCCACAGGAGGGUCAGGAGAAGUCCAACAGCAUCAUCAACAUUCUCUGCACCGUCACACCAAGAAAGGAAAUGUCACCGAAAGAUCUCCAGGCGAUCGAGAACAUCAAAUGGGACCCUCCGUUCCCCUACGACCCAGCUAGUGGAUGGAAAAAGAGCAGCAUCAACGUAAAGAACUACGGCAGAAUGAUCCACAGCUCCAAAGUGCGCUUCCGCUUCCUGCACUGCCAGGAUGUGCAUGACUGCUAUCUGGACCUGUUCCAAACCCAUCUUCAUUUUGUCUCCAACAACACAACUGGACUCACAUACCAGGGAACACUUCCUCUCAAAGAGCUCACAAUUUGCAAGGUGCAGAACAGGAACAGCCUUGGUGAUCCGCAGGAAUUUGCAUUCCAGAUAAACGGGGUCAGCUUAAAUCCUAUCAUCGUGUACUGCUCGACAGAAGAAGAGAUGAACAACUGGUUUGGGCUUUUGAAAGAACAAAUCGAGGCCAAUGGUGGCAGUGCAAUCGGACAGGAGACAUACACAAGAAUUAAGGUGCAGUGCUCAGAAGAGACCAAAGUGGAAAAGGAAGAGUUGAGGAACUCCAUCAGUAAAGAGCCCAUUUAUGAGUGGGAGGGCUCACAACGAGAGAGUCUAGGGCCCAUCACUUACGUCACAAAAGUCAGGCUGCAACACAUGCCUUGUCAGGAGCAGUAUGACCGUCUGCUGGUGUUGUAUCCCAACUAUCUCAUAAUUCUGUCAGAAGAGAGUGAUGGCCUCUUUUACAAGGGCAAACUUCCUCUCAACAUGAUCACAGUUACAACUCCCUGCCAGGACAUCAAACCCAGCACAUUUAUGAUUGAGGGGAAGUUGAUAAACCCCAUCAUCGUGUCCUGUCUGGACAAGAGCGAGUUCAAUGACUGGAUCCAGUAUUUCAAAAGUGCUGACGUCCCCAUUCUGAGCCCUCCUCCCCCUGUCUAUGACAUCAUUUACACUCCAACACAGAAACAGGCUCCAGAGUUUGACAGGUGGAGCGGCAACAGCCGUGGAGCUACCGACCCACUAAGGCAGUCCCAGGACAAACGCAGGUCCCAUGAGCUCCAGCUGCCCAGUGCCGAUGACAACCUUAUUUCCCCUGGUUAUGCUGAGCCUCUCUGUUUCAUUUCCAGCAGGCCUAACUCCUCAGACACACAAUACUCAGCUCACCUGGGCAGCAGGAGCAGCAGCUUCUCCUCUCAUGUCCGACCGGCCCCUGACCACCAUCCUGUUUCACUCCACUACUCCUCCCCUCCACAGACAUCCUAUCUCGCUUCAGAGGGGCCCAUGUCACCGGUUUACAACAUGCCGUACAGUUCGGUGCACUGCAACGGCCCCGUUCGACGCAUCGAGAAGGCCCCGCUAGUCAAGUCAAACAGCUGGAGCACGCCACAGACAAAUGUCAAACACCAGCUCUUAGUUCCACACCGCCACUCAGAAUUGAUCGGCCACCGCAAACCUCUCUCGCCACUUUAUGACGACCCCAGCACCCCUAGUAUGUACCCUCUGGAGGAGAGCUCUGCACAUGCGUCGCACUCUUCUCGGGGCUCCAUGGAGCAGUCGUAUCCUCCUCUCCUUCCUCCCUCCUUCCGGCUCUGCACUCCUCCUCUUGGGCGGAAAAUCAGACACUGCCAGGCCCUGGAGCCUGAGCUGGUCAGCAGUCAGUGGUCUGAUGAGCUACGUGCCCAGGCCAUUUCCAAACUGAAGUUACUGCCUGCCCCAAACCGACAGCCAGAACACAAACUCAUCUCUCAGAGAGGUUUCUCAGGUCACACUGUCAUGGAGGCGCAGCAGAUAUCUUACAGUUACUCGCCAGAUGACUCUUACCUUCAGCCAGUGGAUCCAGAUGACCAGGAAAUGGACUAUGAUAACAUAUGGGAGUUUGACCCGGAUAAUGGGAUGAUUCAGCCCCUGCCUGGACCUUUACCACACCGGACACCGGCUUACUUUGGAGCUCAAGGCCUGGGUGCUAUGACAACACAGCAGAGAUGGUCAUAAAAGAGAACAAUGGGCUUAUGCCCGUCCGGACUUGCACACAUAGCAGACUAAUCAAAGCCACACAUGCACACUGGGCAUGUUUUCACCAAGGGCCAGCAUGCCCGAGUAUCUGGAUAUGCACAGUUUGUUUAUUCAGUGGCUCUAUGACAUAGUUUUAUUUUGUGGUGAUGGUUUCAGACUGCUGUAUGCAUUCGGUACGAACAAGUGUAUUACAACGAUUGAUGCAUUUAUGUAUAUAUGAAUAUAAGAAAAAUACAGGUAGCAAUUGGGAGUUUUUGCAUUUAGUUUAGUUUGUGAGUCCUACAAACUAUUGGAAAUUGUGAUUAUAUGCAUAUUUUUUUAAUACAUACCAAAUGUAAAUAUGUUAUUUUUUCUAUUUAAGUUUUAAAUGUAAGUUUUUAUUAUUGUCGAUUGUUAUUAUUUGUAUUUUAUUUAUACUUCUUUCAUUAUGGCCUUCUACUUUUUGUUCAAAAAAUCUGUUUGUCCUGUGGAGGUCAAAGUUACUCAUUAGAAAAAACAUCUGUACUGUUUUUGCAUUGUUUGUGACAAAUAAACUGUGAUGAAAACAGUUGUAA